UUUUUUUUAAAUCUUUCCUAUACUGUAUUAAGUUACAUGAUUUUGUUGCUUUUGUCUGUCUCAUAGAGUUAAACGAAAUCUUAAACAUUCCCACUUUGGGUGAUUGUGUUAUUGUGUGAUGAUGCAUCUUAAAGCUGAAGAGAAGUUGGAGAUUAGAUGUAGAGGGAUGUUUCACCAUAGAUGCAGCCUUAUUGCAGCGUGGCUAACGUGUAACCCCCCCCCCCCCCGGUCCUGUGGAAGAAUUGCAUCAUCUCAUUAGCAGGACAGGACCUGUAAGCUAUUCUCUUUAUCUCUGCGUACCGUAGCCAUGCUUUUCACUCUGGUAGCCAACAUGGGCACUUAAAGCAGGUUUUUAGAGUUCAAAAGCCCCCUGGGACCUCUGCAGUCCAGGGCUCGUCCGUACCUCUCUAACCUAUGACUGGGAUGAUUCUGGGGAAUCUCAGGUGCUGUUGCACUCUCUGGCCUCUUUCUAUGUGCUAGUCAAGUUUUCCCUGAAACGAUUAUAAUGUUUGAAAAGAGACGUGUUGUGCGAUAUUAUAAAUAGUGAUUUCACAUCCCUCUCUUAUUUUAAGACACUCCGUGGCUGACUUUUAAAUAUUUUUUUUUUUUUUUUUUUUUUUUUUUUUUACUGAGAGCACAGUUUGCAUUGUGUUUAGAUCUGACGGGGUAGAAAUUUCUUUCUUCGUGAACUGCUGAUCAGUUUAAGAUGAAGAGAUGCCUUUGGUUGUGUAUUUUAAGAUGUCUCUCUGCUCUCUUUCUACUGUAUGUGUGUGUGAUUUGCUGAUAUAUAACAUCUGCAGGCUGCAUUGAUGUCGAGUGCCUGUGUGUUUGCGUGGGUGAGAUCUGAAUUUGCUCUUUCUGCUCUUACAGUGUAAACAUUUGUGCAAUAUCUCUGCAGACUGAUGGUGUCUUUCUUUUUUAAAGAAGAGAGAAAAAACCGAAACAUUUCCCAUAAAGGACAGUUUCUGUAUACUCUUCUUAUCACUAACUCCCAUGUGAAGCUUGUCCAGGGUUGUUUCUGAAAUAUUUGUUUGAUUUCUUCUUUUCAAAAAUUCCAAUUAAUGUGCUGAAUUUGAAUAUCUGUCAAACCUUUGGAGUUACGCUCUAGCUCUUUGCAGGUCAGGUCUCACCGAUCAGUGUGUUAAACAGUCUGCAUUAAACGUUUUCAUCCAGCUGUGGUCUGCCAUUUUAAAAAGACUUCAGAUAAUAAACAGUUCUUUUCUGUCUGUAUUUACAUUUUGUUUUUGGAACACUAUUUUGUUCAAAACACUGACACGUGAUCCUGCAUAGAUAAACAGCCAUAACUUCUGGUGGGCCUUGUCUUCAUUGUUCCAGGCGUCCAAGUGGUGUCGCAGGACGUCGUGUAAAAACAGUGUAAAGGUUAACUUGUUCUGUCCAGCAACAGGAAGUCAACGGUCCUAUCUUUAAGAUUUCUAUCUUCCAUCAGCAAACUGAGGGCUGCGCGGCCUCUGCUCUCGGCCUUUCUGCGGGAAGGUUAACCGGGAAUCCGGUUGUAGCCUCUGUUUUAACUUAAUAUUAACGGGGAAAUUGAAAACCCGGGAGUGUAUUUGGGUGGUACAACUUGCAAAUGAUCACAAUCAACAGGAGGUUAGCAGGUACCAAAAAUAAAUAAAUAAAAAACGAUCAUCUAAACAGCUCAGAUAAAGGAUUUUCUUUUAUUUGAAUACCCUGCCUCAAAUACGCGGUACAACGGGAAUGUUCUCUGGAAAAGUACGAGUUUCAAACGACGCACUUGAAGGCAGCACGAGAGGCGCGUCUCAGCGCCCAGCUGAGGUGAGACGACGACAACGGCGUGAACUGAGCGCACAACCUCAAAACAAAAUGUGGACGGAGGCGAAAUAUAAGAACAAGACUGUCGUCGGCAUCGGAAACAGCUCGAAGAUGGUUGACCCAGAUCUCGCACUGCAGCUUUUACAUGCUGUUCAGCAGAGAAAUGGUUCAACUGGAGCUGCUACUCGUCCCUCCUUCACAGAGGAGUCCUUAACAAGGAGCAGCGGGAUCAUCCCUGGUGAGCGCCACUUUGACCAAAAUCUGAUGUCUUUACAGACCCAGGACCUGUUUCAGAGAAGAACACCUGCUUUGUGCAAUUGCAGCCACAGUGUUCAUUGCCUUUUUACUUGCUCUAUACGCCGUCCUCUGGAAGUGCAUGGUGUCUCCACCACAACGAAAGCACAGAAAGGUGAGAGUAAGAGUACAACAGAGGAAUUCUGUGUGAAGACUGGCUUCCAGGUUGCGUCUGUUCAGCAGUUUAUUUUGGAUCGUAAUGGUGCAGACUAAAAUCUGAGAGCAGACUUUGCUCCCAGUCAGAGAACAGCACCGGAGUGACAACAAGCCACUGAAGAAGAUCCUCCUCCUAAGAGAUCCAAAGAUCAAACCACAAAAAACUGACCGAAAUGACUGACUGUGUCACCUUCUUCCCUCAGCUUUACUGUCUGCUGGUAGCUCCAUGAUGAUGUGAAACACUUUUGCGUGCUGCUUUUUUUUUCUGUUCAUUUGUGUAAACUCUGCACUACUGAGGAUUGAAUCAUCUUAGGCCACAGCUCGCUCCAGUGACCAAUAAGCGCGUGUGUGUGUGUGUGUGUCUGUGUGUGUGUGUGUGUGUGUGUGUGUGUGUCUGAGAGUAUGUUUAGUACGUGUAGAUUUUUUUCCCAUGUUUUAUACCUGCACGACAUGGACUGUUGCAUUUUAAAGAUGUUCUCUAUUCUUGCAUAGUAUUUCUUCAUAGUAUUUUCUAAAGUACAGGAUGGAAUCAGUAGUUUCCAUUUCAAUCUGUCUUUGUCUCUGAAAGAUUUUUUGUGAAAACUCCUAAAGCUGCCAGAGUGUUCAGGACAAUCAGCCCCCCCCCCCUCAUUUCAAAUUCUGUGGAUGGAUUUAUGGUGAAACACUAAUGAAACUGAGCAGUAAACAGGUUAAGUGCCAGUAUGAGCUCAAAUGAAAAAAGUUCUUAUCUCUGAUUUCUCACCUGUGUUUACUUGUGUGAGCGCAUGAUGCGCAUCAAUAAUAUCUGUUCAGAUUCAUACAAGUUCAUGAGCUGCUGAAUCCUUGAAUCAACAAAAAGAAAAGACAUGAAAAAACUCAGACUGGCCUUUUCUGUCCCAUACAUGUAAGUGGUCACCCAGGCCAGACGGACACGUCCUGCAUAAAUGGACACAGUCCAGCGGCCACUGAGCUACCCUGCUUGAUAUGCUAUUUGUUGCACGCUAUUUUAGUACCUCGCUGUCACAGCCAAAUCCACAGAAGAGGUCUAACACGAUUUUUCAGAACCAAUUCUGCAACUGCAACAAACCACAGAGUGGAGCAAACAGAAUGAAGUAACGAGCAGGGAAUGUGGUUUGGUGGAGUUGGUAAGAGUGUUGGGUGGAAGUUCAGCCGAGAAUUCACCAGAGCAAAGACAGCUUAAAUGACAAAUGAUUAAAAACUGAUGAAUGAGAUACUAAUCAUUGAACAGUGCAUAACUUCAUAACUUUGACUAAGAUGAAACUAAGCGCAUCCAUAUUUGUAAAAAUGUAAAGGCAGAUAGGUGAAUAGUUUUGAUAACACCGAGAUUGUGGAUGACAGCUGCAUCAAUCCAAGAUUUAUACUGCAUAUGCUUAGGGUUAGGCCAGAAUGGCCAGACCGGUUGGAGCUGACGGAAAGGCUUUGGUAACUCAGAUAACCACUCUUUACAACUGUGGUGAGCAGAAAAGCAUCUCGGAAUGAACAACACGUCGAAACCUUGAGGCGGGUGGGCUACAACAGCAGUAGACCACGUCGGGUUCCACUCCUGUCAGCCAAGAAGAGAAAUCUGAGGCUGCGGUGGGCACA